CCUCAGGGUCCCUGCUGUAGACGGGGCGGGGGCAGAGUACGAUGGGUGGGGCGUGGUGGGUCGUAGGGCGCUCGAGAUGGAGCCCCCAGCUUUCUUGAUGGAUCGCGGGGCGCGAGUGCCCUAGACAAGGCGGAGCUGGGACCGGCAAUCGGGCGUUGAUCCUUGUCACCUGUCGCAGACCCUUAUCCCUCCCGUGGGAGCCCCCUUUGGACACUCUAUGACCCUGGACCCUCGGGGGACCUGAACUUGAUGCGAUGGGAGGCUGUGCAGGCUCGCGGCGGCGCUUUUCGGAUUCCGAGGGUGAGUAUUCCCGCCCACCCUCAUGGAACGACCACCUCUGGCUCGCAGCCCACCUGAGGGGAAUGAGAGCUGACUCGGCCCCAGGAGGACACGCAUGGAGCGGUCGUGCACCUGAGAGUAGGUGGGGGUCAUGCCCUCUUCUCGCUCUCCCAGGGGAGGAGACCGUCCCGGAGCCCCGGCUCCCUCUGUUGGACCAUCAUCAGGGCGCGCAUUGGAAGAACGCGGUGGGCUUCUGGCUGCUGGGCCUUUGCAACAACUUCUCUUAUGUGGUGAUGCUGAGUGCCGCCCACGACAUCCUUAGCCACAAGAGGACAUCGGGAAACCAGAGCCAUGUGGACCCAGGCCCAACGCCGAUGCCCCACAACAGCUCAUCACGAUUUGACUGCAACUCUGUCUCUACGGCUGCUGUGCUCCUGGCGGACAUCCUCCCCACACUCGUCAUCAAAUUGUUGGCUCCUCUUGGCCUUCACCUGCUGCCCUACAGCCCCCGGGUUCUCAUCAGUGGGAUUUGUGCUGCUGGAAGCUUCAUCCUGGUUGCCUUUUCUCAUUCUGUGGGGACCAGCCUGUGUGGUGUGGUCUUCGCUAGCAUCUCAUCAGGCCUUGGGGAGGUCACCUUCCUCUCCCUCACUGCCUUCUACCCCAGGGCCGUGAUCUCCUGGUGGUCCUCAGGGACUGGGGGAGCUGGGCUGCUGGGGGCCCUGUCCUACCUGGGCCUCACCCAGGCUGGCCUCUCCCCUCAGCAGACCCUGCUGUCCAUGCUGGGUAUCCCUGCCCUGCUGCUGGCCAGCUAUUUCUUGUUGCUCACAUCUCCUGAGGCCCAGGACCCUGGAGGGGAAGAAGAGGCAGAGAGCGCAGCCCGGCAGCCCCUCAUAAGAACUGAGGCCCCGGAGUCGAAGCCAGGCUCCAGCUCCAGCCUCUCCCUUCGGGAAAGGUGGACAGUGUUCAAGGGUCUGCUGUGGUACAUUGUUCCCUUGGUCGUAGUUUACUUUGCCGAGUAUUUCAUUAACCAGGGACUUUUUGAACUCCUCUUUUUCCGGAACACUUCCCUGAGUCAUGCUCAGCAAUACCGCUGGUACCAGAUGCUGUACCAGGCUGGCGUCUUUGCCUCCCGCUCUUCUCUCCGCUGCUGUCGCAUCCGUUUCACCUGGGCCCUGGCCCUGCUGCAGAUGGAGUCUCGCUCUGUUGCCCAGGCUGGAAUGUAGCGGUGCAAUCUUGGCUCACUGCAACCCCUGCCUCCCAGAUUCAAGCGAUUCUCAAGCCUCAGCCUUCCGAGUAGCUGGGAUUACAGGUGCGCGCCACCACGCCCAGCAAAUUUUUUGUUUUGUUUUGUUUUGUUUUUUAGAGACAGAGUUUCGCUCUUGUAGCUCAGGCUAGAGUACAAUGGCGUGAUCUUGGCUCACUGCAACCUCCGCCUCCCAGGUUCAGGCGAUUCUUCUGCCUCAGCCUCCUGCGUAGCUGGGAUUACAGGCACGUGCCACCACACCUGGCUAAUUUUUGUAUUUUUUAGUAGAGAUGGGGUUUCGCCAUGUUGGCCAGGCUGGUCUUGAACUCCUGACCUCAGGUGAUCCACCCGCCUUGGCCUUCCAAAGUGCUGGGAUUACAGGUGUGAGCCACCACACCUGGCUAGAGGUGUGUCCUUUUUAAUGCUCAGCUUUAAGUCCACCUCAGAUUUAAUGAAUUAGGACCUCUAGGGUAAGCCCUGCUUGGGGCAUUUGUACCUAGAUCCCCAGGCGAUUCUUACAUAUACGAAAAGUAUGAACCGCCAGGAGGAGGCCUACACACUGCACAAGAGGCAAUGUGGUGUGGUCAGGGCUGGGAGGAUGGCACCUCCUUGAGAGACUGGGGCACAGAGGUGGGACCUACACCCUGGGGUGGGGAUCAAAGAGGCUUCCUGGCCAGGUGCGGUGGCUCCUGCCUAUAAUCCCAGCACUUUGGGAGGCUGAGGCAGGGGGGCAGCGACUGCUUGAGACCAGGAGUUCGAGCCCAGCUGAAUAGGAUGCCCGGCUACUCCCACCUUGUUUUACCAUCGUGAACCAACAGUUUUUCAAACAGGGGCAAUUUUGCUGCCCAGGGGAUGUUUGGCAACGUCUGCAGGCAUGCUUUGGUUGUCACAACUGAGGGAUGCUAUGGGCAUCUAGCGGGCAGAGGCCAGGGAUCCUGCUAAAUGCGCUGCCAUAUACAGGACAGCCCUCACCAUGCAGAACAACCAGCACCAAAUGCCAAGAGUGCUGCAAUUGAGAAAUCCUGGUUUCGAUGGUCCCACUUCCUUUAAGAAGCCUCCGUUUUUUUUUUUUUUUUUUUUUUUAUGAGACAGGAUCUUGCUCUGUCACCCAGGCUGGAGUGCAGUGGCACAAUCAUAGCUUACUGCAGCCUCCACCUCCUGGGUUCAAGCAAUCCUCCUGUCUCAGACUCCCGAGUAGCUGGGACUGCAGGUGCGUACCACCAUGCUCAACUAAUUUUUAAAUUUUUUGUAGAGACGGAGUUUUGUUAUGUUGCCCAGGCUGGUCUCGAACUCCUGGCCUCAAGUGAUCAUCCCACCUUGGUCUCCCAAUGUGCUGGUAUUACCUGCAUGAGCCACUGCACCAGGCUGAGGUUGAGAAUUUUUUUUUUUCUUUUUUUUGGGAUGGAGUCUCUCUCUGUUUCCCAGGCUGGAGUGCAGUGCUGUGAUCUUGGCUCACUGCAGCCUCUGCCUCCCAGGUUCAAGUGAUUCUCCUGCCUCAGCCUUCCAAGUAGCUGGGACUACAGGACCACUACACCCAGAUAAUUUUUGUAUUUUUAGUUGAGAUGGGGUUUUACCAUGUUUAGUAGAGACCAGGCCAGGCUGGUCUCGAAAUCCUGACCUCAGGUGAUCCACCCACCUCAGCCUCCCAAUGUGCUGGAAUUACAGGCAUGAGCCACCACACCCAGCCUAUUAUGAAUACUUUUAAAAGGCAAUCAGGCUGGGUGUGGUGGCUCGUGCCUUUAAUCCCAGCACUUUGGGAAGCAAAGGCAGGCGGACCACUUGAGGUCAGGAGUUCAAGGCCAGCCUGGCCAACAUGGUGAGAUCUCAUCUCUACUAAAAGUACAAAAAUUAGGUGUGGUGGCAGGCACCUGUGAUCGCAGCUACUCAGGAGGCUGAGGCAGAAGUAUCGCUUGAACCUAGGAGGUGGAGUUUGCAGUGAGCCAAGAUUAUGUCCAGCCUAGGCUACAGAGCAAGACUCUGUCUCAAAAACCAAACAAAAAAAGAGAAUGAGACAGAGCCAUAUGCACUGAUACCGAAUGAGCUGCAAGAUAUAUGAAUAAUGAAAUAAGAUGCAGGAAACAAUGGUAGAGACAGGUAUGUUCCAGGUAGACGCACACACACACACACACAUACCCUGAUCUAUAUAAUUCAUAUAUAUAUAUUGAAUAUAUAUAUAUACACACACAUAUAUGUAUACAUACACACAUACAAUACAUCUAUCUAUAUCCUUUCUGUCUCUAUCUAGUCAUUUCUUGGUAUCCUCAGGGGAUUAGUUCUAGGAUUCCUGGGAGAUACCAAAACCUGUACAUACUCAAGUCCCGCAGUUGCCCCUGUGGAACCUGUGGUUACAAAAUGUGGGCCCUUGGUAUACAUGGGUUUCAAAUCCAGUGAAUACUGUUAUUUUUGAUUGACAUUUCG